AUGCAGAUGUCUAAAAUCCUCUCCAUCUUGGCUGUUGCCAUCGUCAGCACCGCCGCUGCUCCCACUCCUGAUAGUGUUGAAACGGGCGUCCUUCUCAAAAAGAGCGAAAUGGCCCUAGCUGAUGAGGAUGAUUUGAUUGAAAAGGCUAACGGAGACUUUAUCCAGCGACGUGACCUGGCCAGUAUUGAGGUCAGAGGCCUAGCUCAUUACGGUAAGCAUGAUGACAUUCUCGGGCCGCAAGACUAUACUGAAAGAGUCAAAGAUGCUGUUCCUAUGGGUUGUCCCCAUGCGGUCCCCGAUGACAAGUUUAAGCGAGGUGGAUGCUACAACUAUAUUAAGAGGGAUGGUGCUCAGUAUGCCAUCCCUGAAGGCUGCCCCGAAGCUGCUCCUGAUGCCAAGGUUAAGCGGGGUGGAUGCUACAACUAUAUUAAGAGGGAUGGUGUUCAGUAUGCAGUCCCUGAAGGCUGCCCCGAAGCUGCCCCUGAUGCCAAGGUUAAGCGGGGUGGUUGCUACAACUAUAUUAAGAGGGAUGGUGUUCAGUAUGCAGUCCCUGAAGGCUGCCCCGAAGCUGCCCCUGAUGCCAAGGUUAAGCGAAGUGGUUGCUACACCUACAUCAAGCGAGACGGUCAGUACGCCGUACCUGAGGGAUGUCCCCGCGUCAUCCUCGAUGCGAAGGUAAAGCGUGGUGGUUGUUACACGUACAUUAAGAGGGAUGGUGUCCAUCACGCCGUUCCCGCGGACUGCCCUCAGGUUGCGCCGAACUCCAACGCCAAGCGAGGCGGUUGCUACAACUAUAUCAAGAGGGAGGCACUCAACAUGGGUAGGAAGCCUUUCGACAGUCUUUUGAUCACGACCACUGAUGAAGGUUUUGACAGACACUGUUAG